UCACAUGUACAGCUUUGAACAACCCGUGUCCGCUGCAGUGGCCAAUUGGACUGGGAUGUUUUUAACACAAAUGUCCACUACAGUGGACAAUUGGACUGGGAUGUUUUUAACACAAAUGUCCACUACAGUGGACAAUUGGGCUGGAUAGAUUUUUAACACAAAUGUCCACUACAGUGUACUAUUAGACUAGAUUGGUUUGUAACACAAAAGUCCACUACAGUGGACAAUUGGACUGGAUAGGUUUUUAACACAAAUGUCCACUACAGUGGACUAUUGGACUGGAUUGGUUUGUAACACAAAAGUCCACUACAGUGGACUAUUGGACCGGAGAGUUUUUAAUGUAAUUGUCCUCUACAGUGGACAAUUAGACUGGAGGGUUUUUGACACCAAUGUCCACUACAGUGGACAGAUGGACUAGAGAGUUUUUAACGCAAAAGUCCACUACAGUGGACAAUUGGACUAGAGAGUUUUUAACGUAAAUGUCCACUACAGUGGACAAUUGGACUGGAGGGUUUUUAACACAAAUGUCCACUAAAGUGGACAAUUGGACUGGAUAGUUUUUAACGUAAUUGUCCUCUACAGUGGACAAUUUGACUGGAGGGUUUUUGACACCAAUGUCCACUACAGUGGAACAUUGGACUGGAUAGUUUUUUAACGCAAAUGUCCACUACAGUGGACAAUUAGUCUGGAGGGUUUUUAACACAAAUGUCCACUACAGUGGACAAUUGGACUGGAGGGUUUUUGACACCAAUGUCCACUACAGUGGACAAAUGGACUAGAGAGUUUUUAACGCAAAUGUCCACUACAGUGGACAAUUGGACUGGAUAGGUUUUAAUGCAAAUGUCCACUACAGUGGACAAUUGGACUGGAUAGUUUUUAAUGGAAAUGUCCAGUACAGUGGACAAUUGGACUGGCUGUAUUUUUAAAACAAAUGUCUACUACAGUGGACAAUUGGACCGGAGAGUUUAUAACACAAUUGUCCUCUGCAGUGGCCAAUUGGACUGGAUAGUUUUUAAUGUAAUUGUCCACGACAGUGGACUAUUGGACUGAAAGGCUUUUGACACAAAUGUCCACUAUAGUGGACAAUUGGACUGGAGGAUUUUUAACACAAAUGUCCACUGUAGUGGACAAUUGUGACAGGAUAGUUUUAACCGCGAGAGUCUACUACAGUGGACAAUUGGACUGGAUUGUUUUAACACAAAUGUCCACUACAGUGGACAAUUGGACUGGAUUGUUUUUAACACAAAUGUCCACUACAGUGGACAAUUGGACUGGAUAGGUUUUCAACACAAAUGUCCACUACAGUGGACAAUUGGACUGUAUAGGUUUUUAACACAAAUGUCCACUACAGUGGACAAUUGGACUGUAUAGGUUUUUAACACAAAUGUCCACUACAGUGGACAAUUGGACUGGAUAGUUUUUUAACGCAAAUGUCCACUACAGUGGACAAUUAGACUGGAUUGUUUUUAACACAAAUGUCCACUACAGUGGACAAUUGGACUGGAGGGUCUUUACACAAUUGUCCACUACAGUGGACAAUUGGACUGGAGGGUUUUUAACGCAAUUGUCCACUGCAUUGAACUAUUGGACUGGAUAGGUUUUUAAUGCAAAUGUCCACUAGAGUGGACAAUUGUAUUGGAUAGAUUUAAAAUAAAUGUCCACUACAGUGGCCAAUUGGACUGGAUAGUUUUUAACGCAAUUGUCCACUACAGUGGACUAUUGGACUGGAUAGUUUUAACGGCCAGCGUUCACCACAGUGGACAAUUGGACUGGAUAGGUUUUAAUGCAAAUGUCCACUACAGUGGACAAUUGGACUGGAUAGGUUUUAAUGCAAAUGUCCACUACAGUGGACCAUUGGACUGGAUAGUUUUUAACGCAAAUGUCCUCUACAGUGGACAAUUGGACUGGAUCGUUUUUAAUGCAAAUGUCCACUACAGUGGACAAUUGGACUGGAUAGGUUUUAAUGCAAAUGUCUACUACAGUGGACCAUUGGACUGGAUAGUUUUUAACGCAAAUGUCCUCUACAGUGGACAAUUGGACUGGAUAGUUUUUAAUGCAAAUAUCCACUACAGUGGACAAUUGGACUGGAUAGGUUUUAAUGCAAAUGUCCACCACAGUGGACCAUUGGACUGGAUAGUUUUAAUGGCCAGAGUCCACUACAGUGGACAAUUAGACUGGAUAGUUUUAACGGCCAGAGUCCACUACAGUGGACAAUUGGACUGGAGAGUUUUUAACGCAUAUGUCCACUGUAGAGGACACUUGUUUAUUAAGAAGACACAAGGACCUGUCCUAAGUAUUAUAGUUUUUAUGUUAUUAAAGUUGUUAACAUACCCACAUUAGUCCAAAAUGUUUGUGCUACGUUUGUGCUGCAAACAUUUUUUGUCCAACUAUUAUAGUUUUUAUAUUAUUAAGGUUGUAUGGUUUUCUUGUUAUUAAUAUGCUCAACAUUUUCUGUCUAUUAUAUAUUUUUUUGUUAAAAACAUGUUUUUAAUUAUCCAAUUUUUUUGUUGUCUAUUAUAGUUUUCAUUUAACCUUGUCAAAUUAUCCCCAAAAUUGUCCCAAUUAUUUUGUGCUACAUUUCCACUGCCAAAUGUUUGGUGUAACUAUUAUAGUUUUUAUCUUAUUAACCUUUUAUGAUUCAUAACCAGCUCCAUAAAAGGUUAAUAACAUAAAAACUAUAAUAGUUAGACUCAAAAAAUUGCAGCACAAAUGAAUGGUGACAAGUUUAGGGCGGUUCUGACAAGGUGGGGGGUCCAAGUUCACACAGGUGACACAAGGUCACCGCUUGUGUUGUCUCUUUUUUGUUUGUUUUUUACAGGUGGUGGCAUCGGGGAUUGUUGGCAUUAUUUCGUGGAGAAGACCUUUAACAUUGGUGGUGUCUCUGUUCAUGCUGCUGUCCGCAGUGUGCGUGAUCCUCAGCCUGGCAGGCUCCAUGUUGUCCUGUCAGAACGCGCAGAUGGUCAAGUCCAUGCUCACCUGCCAGGCGGAAAACGGCCGCUGCGUGUGCUGCGCGCCCACCGAGUCCUGCUCCAGCAAAGAAGACGGAACCCUGGUACUGAACCUCAACUCCGACUGCCACUCAGUUCGACACCAACUAAAGGACUUGUUGUUUAGCGCAUGCGGUCUCAGCAUCCUUUCCACCAUCAUCUGUACUCUGUCCACGGUCACCUGCAGCAUCCACAUCUUCUCCUUGGACCUGGUGCACCUGUUGGCGCCGCAUCGCUCUCGCUCCGUCAACCCAGAAUGCACCACGCCUCAGGACGCUUUCCUGACCAACAUCAUGGACUUCGAGGAGUUUGUGCCACCUAUUCCUCCGCCUCCUUAUUAUCCUCCGGAGUACACCUGCAGCUCCGAGACAGACGCUCAGAGUAUCACUUACAACGGCUCCAUGGAGAGCCCAGUUCCUCUGUACCCGACUGACUGUCCUCCUCCGUACGAGGCUGUGAUGGGACAAAGGGCCGCCAGCCAGGUGACAAUGUUUGACCACCACGGCGCUGAGCUAUCUGGAGAAAGGGGAACGUCCACAGCGUUCAGUGGAGAAGUCUCGAUGGAUAGUGGAUCUUUGCUAAUGUCGGAGAUCGUGGACAUCCCAGAUGAUUCGUCCCCGUCCGAGGACUCGUGUCUGCUGGAGGUGGGGCUGAGAAACCAGGGAGGCAGAACCAGCAGGGCGGCCAGCGAGCUGAGCGACGGGGGAGAGGGAGGCGGGGAGCGCCUCAGCCUGCGCUGUCCCCGCUCUCAGACGCCAGAGAGCCCUUUGGCCGGGGGACCCAGAGCCCGGCGCUUUCUCAGAGGCGAGAGGUCCAACUCUUGCUCUUCGCCGAGCACUGCGACCCCCACGUACAGGUCUCCGGUGUUACGGCGCCAGGCCACGUUGGCUCGAAGCUGUUCCCAGCUGGAAGCGAUAGGGGGCUCCACCUCACAACCGCGCUGCUCCAUCCCAGACAUUCGGGUUCGACCCUCCACUCCUUUGCGCCAAGUCGCUGCCCGUGACCCGUCCGCUCCCUGCGGGGGUCAGAAUAGCGGGCCGCCGGCACAACGUUUGCCCUUGUACCUGCGACGACGAGCUGCGAGGAACGAUGGCAGAAGCCUUGUAAGGUCACACAGCGAACCCGACCUCAGUUCCUCUCACACAGCUGACUUUGUCUUUGGAUGCAGUAAGGCUUACCCAGAUACAGGUCCAUACACUGAGGCGUCUCUGUUGCCUUGCACGCCCUCGCCGCCUGCUGACGCUUUGCCAAGAAAAGACGGCAUGAACUCCACAGCUACGAGCGUGCAGGUUCCCUUUAAAGUGCCGCCCGUGUCCCCGCUGCGUUUACCCAAAGAAUGCCACCGUUCUCUUGGAGACCUCAAGGUGACUCGAGUCCUGGUGGCUCGCUUUCUGCAGCGCUCCAAGCGCAACCUGGCGCCCUCUUCUGAGCUCACUGGGAGCGCGGGGCAGGUGCCUAAAAGACGGGGAGGGUCCGAGGGCGCCGCCACCACCCAUCUGCCUAUGGAGGUGUGGCGGACGCCUUGGAGCGUCAGCCGAGGACCGGCCAACAACCAGCACCUUCAUCCCCGCGCUCACCGCCACUCCCACAGCGACGGCCGACACGGCGUGCGUGCCCCAGAAGGGAUGCACCUGCGCAGCUGUGGGGAUUUAAGCUCCUCCUCCUCGCUAUCUUUACGUCGGCUGGUGUCGCCGCACCUGCUGCGUGGCUCAUCGGGAGUGCUCUACUCGGAGUCUGCGCUUUGAGAAGGGUUGGCGGCGUUGGGAUACUAUCAGUUCUGGUAUGGUCUUGCAGUGCUGUUCUGGAGUGAAAUUACCGCCUAAACUCCACAAACACACAAAAAAGUUUUUACCCACGCCCAAUGAGUUGCAAGUUAAAAAAAAAAUACAUUUUU